AUGGCGGAGUGUGUGCUCAAUACUGUUGGUUCGGGUAAGGACGUGUCUUUCUGGUUUGGUUUGUGGACUGGAUCUAAUUCCAGCCUUGCAAUGCUGUUCCCAGAUGUUUUCGCUGCUGCUGUUAAUCCUCUGCAUUCGGUGGCUGAUCUGGUCGGCUGGGAGGAUUCCAAUCAUGUUUGGCUUGUGGACAGAAUGGUUCAUUCUGAUCUCCUAACCCCUAUCGCAGCGGACAACAGCGGACCGGUGGGACACUGGCAGGUUUUUUUGGACUUCUUCAGUUCUGUUAGGUUGAUUAGGGACGGGAAAGACGAUUUCUCUUGGUUGCCUAAUGCUGCAGAUUUCACGGUUGCUAGUGUAGCAGGUUUAAUAGAGUCUAAAAAGGAGCCAGCCUGGUCUGCUAUUAUUAGGAGAAAUCUGAAGGUGAUUUGGAAAGAAUGCAUUCCUAGAAAAAUUCAUAUUUUUAUGUGGAGGGUGUGUAUCAAUAGAAUUCCAACCAAAGACGCCUUGAGUAGAAGAGGAAUUCUCGAUGCAUCCGCUAAUCUUUGUUGUGAAUUUUGCAAAUCUCACUUGGAAUCCCCGUCUCACUUAUUCUUCUCGUGUGCGGUUUCUUCUUCUAUUUGGAGGAGAAUUUACCUGUGGAUGGGUGUUGAUAUUCCAUUUUCGUGUGCAGAAUUUUUAGACUUUGGAGGAUUUCAAGAGAAGGUGAAACAAGUCAAUAUUAGGAAGAAGAUUAAUUUGAUCUGGAUCGCCACAGUUUGGAGUCUCUGGACCAUGAGGAAUUCCAUGAUUUUUGACAAGGUUUAG